GAGGAGACCCAGGCGUCCAAGCAGAGGGGGGGGGGCUCAGGGACCCAGGAAGAAAGGAUUAAAGGAUCCAAGUAUCCCAAAACUGAAACUGGGGGAGAAGCCAAAGGGCCCAGGUGACCUGGAGAAAGCAGGAAGAAAGGACCUAGGUAACUGAGCACUGAGGGCUGAGGGACCCAGGUGUCCGAGAUUACGGGGGAGGGAGGGAGGAAGAAAGAAGGGGGUGCAGAUACCUGAGCAUUAGGGGGCUAAGAGAAGCCAGGUGUCCAAGAACCUGGAGGAGGUGAGGCAAGGGGUAUCCAGGUGUCCGAGGAGACACUUCAACACCUAUUGGGAGGGGGAGUUUGAGGUUGGGGCACCCGAGGAACUCAGCAUCUUCGAGUCCGCUCAUAGCUCCCACGUAGGGUUGGAGAGAAUCUGGAUUUGGAACCACAGGUCCCUGCCCUGACUCUUUGGGCCUAGGCUGCUUUCUGCCACGCCAGGAAUCGGAUCCAGACCUCCCCUCCAUGCCUUCUUAGCAGAGAAGGGCAGGAGGGUGCCAGCUGGCUCUCUUUCUCCCCUGCCCACCUUUUCCACAUCUCUCAUGGAACUUACAAACUUCCCUUGAUUCACCUGCGCAAGGGGUCGGCCUUCCGCAGCCCCGGAGGAUGCAACCUGUCCCCCACGCGGGGCGUGGGGGGGUAGCUCCUCUGUCCGUUGAAGCCGGCGGUGUUGUGGUGAUGGCGGUGCCCCCCUGACGCCUGCAUCCUGGAAACUAUGCCCUCCCGAGUGGAGUUGGGGCCCCUCUUGCCGACGUCCAAGAUGGAGGAGGCCGUCAGCAACCUCAGCUUCACCGUGCCGGCUUCGCGCCUCACGCCUGCCUUCCCGCCUGCCGUCAAGGUGGGACUCACAGCGUUGUACACGGCCCUGUACGCCUUGCUUUUCCUCUCGGUCUACGCCCAGCUUUGGCUGGUCCUCUUCUACCGCCACAAGAAGUUCAGUUACCAGACCGUCUUCCUCUUCCUGUGCCUCCUCUGGGCUGCCCUGCGCACCACCCUCUUCUCCUUCUACUUCAGGAAUACCGUCAAGGCCAACCACUUGAGCUCCUUCUUCUUCUGGCUUCUCUACUGUUGUCCUGUCUGCCUGCAGUUCUUCACUUUGACCCUCAUGAACCUGUAUUUCGCCCAGGUGGUUUUCAAGGCCAAAGCAAAGUACCGCCCAGAACUCACCAAAGGCCUGUUGGCCGUGCGAGGGGCAUGUCUGGGCGCCAGCUUUCUCUUCCUGGCAGUGAACGUGGCGUGUGCCAUGCUGGUGCGGGCGCGCCGAGUCGAGCCGUGGGCGGUGGUCCUAGCGCGGGUUCUCAUCAGCGACUCGCUGUUCGUGCUGGGGGCCGUCUCUCUCGCCCUCUGCCUCUGCCUCGUGGCCCGCGGCUCUCCUUCUACCCGCAUCUACCUGGAAGCCAAGGGCACCACGCUGUGCCAGACGGCCGCCAUGGGGGGUGCCAUCGUCUUGCUCUACGCCAGCCGAGCGUGCUACAACCUCGCUGCCUUGGCGCUUUCCUCCCGCACCCGGCUCGACUCCUUCGAUUACGACUGGUACAACGUAUCCGACCAGGCGGAUCUGAUUACAGACCUGGGAGAUCAAGGUUACGUCGUCUUCGGCCUCAUUCUCUUCGUUUGGGAGCUGCUACCGACCGCGCUGCUGGUUGGCUUCUUCCGGGUGCACCGGCCAGCUCAGGAUAUGAGUGCCAGCCGUGUCUUCAACCGGCAGCUUGGAGUCUCCCGUUCCUAUUUCUUCGACCACCCCGGGGAACGUGAGAAUGAAGGACUGACUAGCAGCCUGACAGGACGACUGGGCAGCGGGAACUGGUACGGCUCGAUCAACCGCAGCGGGGAGCAGGAGUGGUUUGGGGGCCACCCUCCGACGGCCCCCCUUCUGUUCUCGCAGGCGGUGGCUUCCAGCAGCCACCACCACAGCCUCUACUCCACCCCACAGAACUAAGGAAGGGUUUGCCGGGACCAGCCCAUG